AUGCGACUCCAAAGAGAACAGUUGGCUGUAAUGAAUUUUCUAGGAGGUCUUGCUCCGGCCUAUGAUACUGUUAGAUCUCAGAUUCUUGGAGGAGAGACUAUUGCGUCACUUAGGGAUACAUAUGCUCGAGUUCUUCGAGCAUCCCGUGGUUCUUCUCAGAGCACCACAGCUGUGGUUGAUAAUUCAGCUCUUAUUUCUCAAUAUCGAACUGGUGGAGGUAAGGGGGACGAAGGAAAUCGUGGAGGGUAUAAUGGUCGUGGUGGCCGUGGUGGUCGAAGUACAGGAAUAGGAAGAGGCCAAGGACAAAGGCAGCUUUAUGGAUCGUCCCAAACUACUACUGAGAGCUCAGGGACUAUUCGAACUUGUCAUUAUUGUGGAAAACCUGGCCAUAUUCAGAAAUUUUGCUACAAGUUACAUGGUAGACUAGGACAGCAACAACAGUUUGAAAAUGCUACAUCUGGCACUGACUCUUUGUCCCUACCACAGCCUUCACAAGGCAAUGUAGUGGUUAUGUCUGAUGAGGAAUUUGCACGGUACAACCAGUCUCAGAUUUCACUACCUACUUCGUCUUCCACUACUACUCUAGUCCAGACAGGAUCUGGCUACGAAGAGGAUGAUUGGUAA